ACCGCACUCCCUGCAGGGAAUCACUGCCAGCGCAGAAAAGAGGAAAAAGAUCUCUGCCAAUUUUUGUCUUUCACUUCUGUACUGAUCUGAGAACAUGAAGCCAUCAGCUGGCUUUCUGCUGCUGGGAGUGCUGCUCUCAGCCGCAGUGAGGUUCGCUCAGGCCCGGAUUAUACACUCGUACUUCAAGCUUGGCGGCACGCUGGUCCUCAAACCUGCCUCGGUCUCUGCUCGCAUCACCAGCAUCGUGUGGAAGUGGGACAGAGAACUGUUGGCCGAAUGGGUGGAAGACGAGAUUCCCCUGACAUGUUACGGCAGGUUUGGAGGCCGAUCAGAGGUGAACACGAACACAGGAGUGUUGGAGAUCAGGAACAUGACUGCAGCUGACACUGGGGUGUAUUCAGUGGAGAUCAACAACCGUGUCCAGAGUCAGACUCAUCAGGCCGUGAGGAUCAGAGAAGUGCCCCAGCCCGAGGUGACGGUGAGGCCGCCGAUGUGUGGCUCGAGUUUGGAGAAGUGCACACUGAGCUGUGACGGAGACGUUAAAGAGGCCGAACCUGUCGAGUAUUUCUGGAGGAUCGGAGAUGGAGAGUGGGAACAGUCGGGAAAAAACAUGGAGAUCAUCAAUUCUGAGGAAACACAGUGUGUGAAGAUGUUUUCCUGCAGGAUGAGGAACCCAGUGAGUGAGCGACGCAGCGAAUCCAUCACUAACCCGUUUCACCAGCACAGAAAUCUGGACUAUCGAUGGUGGAUCCUCACUCUUUUAGGCGCUGCCGUCCUGGCGGUGGUUGCGGUGCUCGUCUGCUUUUUGUUUCAGAAACUGUAAAACAAAAACUGCUGACAGCGAUGAAAAUGCACUUUAAGUCGUCUCCUGAUGAAGACUGAAGCCCGUCAAAGGGCAGCUCAUUUCUUUGCUUUGUAAAACUGUUCUGCACUUCAGACUGGUACGGUCGUCCAUGUUUGUAGUUCUUUUUCUUUGGGAUUUCUUUGCAUCGCUGUCUUCACUGUCUACUUUGGUGUAUUUAUAGCUUUAAUUGUAUUUAUCUACCCGUCAUUGUUCUUAUUUUUAUUUGAUCUGUGUCUGUUUUCUUUGAUUUCUUUGUAAGGUUUAACUCAAAGUAACAUUAAAAUCUUGUCUUGUUCAACA